AUGUCUCGCCCACAACCAACCACUCGCCGCUCGGUGAAGACGGAGUACAUUGAGACGGACACCGGCAAUAAGAUCUCCCGACGCGCUUUCAUCGAGGGCAAACAGAAUAUCAUGCUCGGCGGCAAAACCGUCCUGAUGGCCGGCGUUCAUCUUCGAGGCGACCUCUGCCGCAAACCAGAGCCAGCAGCAGCGGGCGAAAAGGAGAAACCGAACACGACUGCUGUUAGCAUUGGCAGAGCAACCGUAGUCUCAACCAACGCCGUGAUCCGCCCCCCCAUGCGCGUCCACAAAGGCCAAAUGACCUUCAUCCCCAUGCGCAUCGGGGACAACGUCUUCAUUGGUCCAAACGCGCACAUCUCGUCCGCGUCAAUUUCAUCGCACGUCUAUAUUGGUGAGAAUGCUGUCCUCUCCCCACUGUGCAUCGUAAAGGAGGGCAGCAAGAUUCUUCCGAACACCGUCGUGCCGCCCGGCAUGACUGUGCCGGCUGGUACGGUCGUUGGUGGGAAGCCGGCGAAGAUUCUGGGGGAGGUGGGGGACGGGUGGGGUCAAGGUGGUGGUGUGGAGGGGGAGGAAUGGGUGGAGGGUGGGGAUUUGAGGCCGUUGGUGAGGAGUAUCAAGUGA